AUGGUAAACUGGUUAAUAAUCUCUAUCAGUGGCAUAUUGGGAUUUGGAUUGUUAUCCUUUACGUCAUCAAUGAUCAUGUCUGUAUUUCGUAAUCUAGCCUGGUUUUCAAAAGGGAUGCGUGAAUACACAAAAUCAGGCUAUGAGUCAGCUGCUUCACAUUUUGACCCUAAUGAGUUGAAAAAUGUAUGCUUAGACAAUCGCCGUGUUUUAGUAACUGGAGCCAAUUCAGGGAUCGGCCUCGUGUGUUGUAAAGAAUUAGCCAAACAUGGUGCAGAAAUCCAUAUGGUUUGUCGCAGUAAACCUCGUGCUGAAGAGGCGCGUCAACAGAUCAUCUCUGAAACUGGAGUCAAUGAUUCGCGUCUAAUUAUUCAUCCUUUGGAUCUUUCUAAACCGAAUGAUGUCCGCAAUUUUGGAAAACAAUUUGCUAAUAAUAAUGAUUCACGUCUAGAUAUUUUGAUUAAUAAUGCUGGCUGCAUGAUUAAUGAAUAUAAAACUGAUGAAAAUGGGAUAGAAGCUAAUUUCGCCACAAAUACACUUGGUACUUAUAUACUUACUGAAAGUCUAAUACCUGCAUUAAAAAAAUCACCUGAUGCUCGUGUUAUUACUGUUAGCUCAGGUGGAAUGUUAGUACAGAAAUUGGAUCAUGCUGAUCCAAUGCUUACAACUAAGCAUAACAAAUUUGAUGGAACAAUGAUUUAUGCACAAAAUAAACGUCAACAAGUUGUUAUGACUGAAAUGUGGUCUAAAAACUAUCCAGAAAUAUUCUUCUGUUCAAUGCAUCCUGGCUGGGCUGAUACACCAGCUGUUGCACUGUCUAUGCCAUCAUUUUACAGUAAAAUGAAAAAUAAACUAAGAACACCAGAACAAGGUGCAGAUACAGCAAUCUGGUUAGCUGCGGUACCAAAUGUGAGAAGAUUCCAAAACGGUUCUUUCUUCCAAGAUCGCCAAGUAGUUAGUCAACACCUAAAAUUAGCUUGUACACAUUCAAAGGAUGAUGAGAAACGUAAAUUCAUGUCUAAUUUAGCUGAUAUUGCAGCACCUUUUCUUAAAUAA